UUUGUUAUUAUUGUUUGAAUAAUACUUGGUCGCCUUAGCGUUUAUUUACUAGAUAAUAGAACAUUAUAAUGAAUACACGUACCGAUGAUUUGUACGAAUUUCAAACAUUUAUGAAUAUUAUUAAUUAGUUUUAAAACAAUUUCAAGUAUAUUUGCACUAUAUCUAUAUUCGAAUGUAAAUUAUUCCCUUAUUAAUGCUGCCAUUUUGCCGCUAUUAUUGCCGAUUCACAUUAUAUUUUUUUUACAAAUAUGCUUGAAUAAUAAUUACAAACGCUCAAACCUCUGUCGGGUACGUUUAACACUUACAAAGGGAUUUUACAAAACGACCAAUUUUUUCGACGUAAGAUGACGUCGUCUGAAGAUGUACUUCUCCAAGUAGGACCGGUACGUCACAAGAAAGGAGAUGGAACAUUAUAUGUAAUGAGCCAGCAUGUUGCGUUUAUUCUAAACUCCAGUGAUACAGUUGCUAUCAGCCACCAUUACAGAGAUAUUAAAAUGCAAAAAAUAUCUUCAGAAUUCAAGAACAAAGUUCAAUUACAAUUAGUAUUUCACGAUGAGACUAUAUCGUUAUUUCAAUUUACAAAUCCUGAAAGGAGUGAAGCGAUGAGAGACCGAAAUCGAGUUAAAGAUUUAAUCCUUAAGCUGCUGCCGAAAUAUCAAAAACAAGCUAAUAAAGAAUUUGGAGAAAAAAACAGAAUUCUUAGCGAUAAUCGUAUGCUAUACCAAUUGUAUCAAGAUCUAGUCAUCACACAUGUUAUAACGUCUGAAGAAUUUUGGUCACAUCAUGUUCCUUACCAUUUAGCUACACAAUCUAAAGCUAUAACUCAAAAAACGGGUGUACCAAACAAUUUUCUUACUAAUGUCACUGUAAAAAGUGACGGCACGAAAAAAUUCAAUUUAUCAAAUGAUACAAUCCAAUGUAUUUUUAAAACUUAUCCAGCCGUGCGUCAAAAGCAUAUUGAACACGUUCCACACCAGCUAACCGAGUCUGAAUUUUGGCAAAAGUUCCUAGAGUCACAUUAUUUUCAUAAAGAUCGCAUUACUUCGGGGACGACUAAAGAUUUAUUCAACGAUUGUGCCAAGUUGGACGACAACUUAUUCAAAAAUGAAAUCAAAGAUUUAUCACAAAACGGUGUCGACUGUUAUGUAGGGUUAAUCGAAGAUGAUGGAUCUGAAGAAAAUGUUAAUUCUGUGUCGGAAGAAAAACCUUCUUCCAUGGCCAACCUUGUUCAUGACAAUAUCAUUAAACGAUUUAACCAACACUCUAUGAUGGUCCUCAAGACUUGCGAAAAAUCGAAUUCUAGUUCAAUAUCGAAUUCGAAUGAUUUAAAAGUCUCCCAAAAUUCUUCACAUGUAAAUGGUGUGCCGGAAAAUUCUUUGAAGAGAUUGAAAAUUAAAGAUAAAAUAUGUUUUGACGAUUUAAACCCAGAAGUAAAUACAGACGAUGUUAAUCAAAAAAGAUUGAAAUUGUCUCGGGUGGAAAGCUAUGUAAACUGUUUAACUAGAGAACAAAAAAAUGAUAAUGUCACUGCCAAACUCUCAAAAGCAAGAGACGUGCAAAAGAAUAUAAUAUAUGACGUCUACGAAUGGAGUAAAACCAUUACGAACCAAGUAAUAGAACCGAGUGCUGCUGUUAAUACACUCGGCUUGCUCACGCCCGGUGGAAGUCUAAUGAAAGGGAUUAGCGACGAGUCUGCAUCGUUAGCACAAUUAGUUCCGGCCACGGUAGAGAAAGAUUUACGCCAACUGUAUAUAUCUCUCGGGGAACUUUUACGACAUUUUUGGUCGUGCUUUCCAGUAACUACUCCUGCGUUAGAAGAGAAGUUAGUGAAAACUCACGAAUCUUUACAUAAAUUUCAAAAUGCUAAAAUUAAGCCGUUUGAAGAUCAAAUCAUUAUCAAUCACGGGCAACUUAACCAGCUGACCAACCAUUUGAAUUUAAUGCUGCACACUGCCUAUAAUAAAUUUUCCAUGUGGCAUUCGAGACGGAAAAUUCCUAAUAUUUUUUGACGUGUAGUUUUAACAUUUUUAUAUUUAUAAUUUUAGUGUGUGGGUCAAGAGAGAUUAUACAAAUGUUAAUAUGGCAAAAUUGUUGUAAAAUUUUCAACCUUGAAAACUAUAAACACAACCUGUCAUAACUCUCCUUUAGCUGGCACCCUAGUUUUAUGGGGUGGUGGUCUAAAAAUAGGGUAUUUAAAAUAUCGGUUUAUAUUGUGCAUCAACUUUAUAAAUAAUAAUUUGAAAAACAGAACCUGUCACUUUUUAUUCACUCUAAAUGUCUAUAUUACUUUAUGUAAAAUAUAAAUUGUUAAUUUAUCGACUAAGUUUGAAAUUUAGUGCUACCAUUUGUUCUACCAAUAAAUUAUAUCUAUAUACUUUAUAUACUUUA